GCCCCUUUCUAUUCAGAAACGUCAAAUCGUUUUUCCUAUGACUGAUUCGGUGUGAAUUAUUUCUGUGAAUUUCAUCAGGAAAUACUUGUGAGCAGUAAACGGAAUACAAUUGAAAAAUGUCUCGAUUCUUCGCCGGUGCUGGUUCGGACUCCGAUUCCGAAAGCUCGUCCGAUAGUGAGCCAAUUCAGCGUCAGGCUGUUCCGCAAUUCACUUUCAGCGAUGAGGAGGAAGAUGUCAAGCGUGUCGUCCGAUCGACGAAGGAAAAGCGUUACGAAGAUUUAUCCAACAUAAUCAAGAGCAUUCGUAACUACAAAAAGAUCAAAGAUAUGGCUAGUAUGCUAAGCAGCUUUGAAGAUUUGACGAGGGCUUAUGCGAAGGCUCUACCAGUGAUAACGAAGGUUGAAAAUGGAGUCACUCCAAGGUUUAUUAUUCGUGCGCUGGCCGAGUUGGAGGACUUCAUCAAUAUGGUUUGGGAUGAUAGGGAUGGACGCAAGAAUCUAUCCAAGAAUAAUUCCAAAUCUCUCGGAACGUUGCGUCAAAAGUUCCGGAAAUACAUUAAGGACUUUGACAGCGACUUGAAAAAGUUCCGUGAGUCUCCGGAUGCCGCUGACGAUGACGAGGAGGAAGAGGAGAAAAAGGAUGAAUCCGAGUCAGAGGACGAAGAGGAUGUUGUUCCAAAGGCAAAGGCAGUUUCUUUCAAAAAGGAGGUGAAAACCGCAAAGGUAGAGAAGGAUGACGAUGACUCGGAUGAUUCCAUUGAUUGGGAUAUGGGAUCUGAAUCGGAUGAAAGCUCUUCGGAUGAGGAAACCCAGUACACAAGCAUUCGAGAGCGUUUCUUGAAGCGCAGUGAAAAGGAUGACGGAGACGAUGGCGAUGCCAAGAAGGAGAAGAAAAAGCUCAAGGAUACUAAGGACAGAGUCAAGAAGAAGCGUCCUGAGGAUGAUGAUGAAGGUUGGGAAGUUGUUAAUGGAAAUCGAUCGACCAGUGCCGAGCAGCCGAAGAUGUUUGCAAAAGAUGCUGAGAUUGACGUCAAUGUUGUAAUUAACAAACUAAAUGAGGUGAUGGCUGCUCGUGGUAAAAAGAGAACCGACCGAAAACUACAAAUUGAAUUCUUGAGAGAAUUACGUACCAUUGCCGAUGCUCACAAUCUUGGAGACGCAGUUGCCGCUAAAAUUCGUUUCAACAUUGUUUCGGCAAUUUUCGACUACAAUCCGAAGGUUUCGGAGCCAAUGAAGUUGGAACAUUGGUCCAAGUUGCUGGAGGAAAUCAACGCACUUAUUAAGUUGCUGCUGGCCAAUGAUGAAAUCGUUUUAUCGGAAACUAUUUUGGAGGAAAACGAAGAAUACGAAACGGCCCCCUUCAAGAUUCGUGGAUGUAUUCUUACUGCUGUGGAACGUCUGGAUGACGAAUUUACCAAACUGUUGAAGGAAUGUGAUCCUCACAGUAACGACUAUGUAGAUCGUCUGAAGGAUGAAGUAACCGUAAGCAGCGUAAUUGAACAAGUGGUUACAUAUGUCGAACGGUUGGAUAAUGAUAUGGAAACAUGUCGUGUCUACUUGCGCAAGAUAGAUCAUCUUUACUACAAGUUUGAUCCGAAUGUGCUGAAGAAGAAAAAGGGUCAACUACCUGCCACCACGUUGACUUCGGUGGAUGAGAUGGAUCGUUUGUGUCGGUUUGUGUAUGCCAAGGAUCAAACUGAUCGUCUGCGAACCCGUGCUAUCCUUUCGCACAUCUUCCACCAUGCUCUGCAUGAUAACUGGUUCCAAGCACGUGACUUGGUCCUGAUGUCCCACUUGCAGGAAACCAUUCACCAUUCGGAUCCUCCUACUCAAAUUCUUUACAAUCGUACCAUGGCUAAUUUGGGCCUGUGUGCAUUCCGCCACGGAAACGUUAAGGACGCUCAUCAGUGUCUGGUAGACCUGAUGAUGACUGGAAAGCCAAAAGAAUUGCUAGCACAAGGUCUGGUUCCUCAACGUCAGAACGAACGUUCCUUGGAACAGGAGAAAGUGGAAAAGCAACGGCAGAUGCCAUUCCAUAUGCACAUUAAUCUGGAGCUGCUUGAGUGUGUUUAUUUGGUUUCCGCUAUGCUCCUCGAGAUUCCUUACAUGGCUGCGCAUGAGUUUGAUGCCCGUCGUCGUAUGAUUAGCAAGACGUUCUACCAGCAGUUGAGAUCCUCGGAAAGGCAGUCUCUAGUCGGCCCUCCCGAAUCUAUGCGUGAACAUGUGGUUGCAGCCGCGAAGGCGAUGCGUCAUGGAAAUUGGAAUGCUUGUUCCAACUUCAUCGUCAACAAGAAAAUGAAUGUUAAGGUUUGGGAUCUGUUCUACGAAGCCGAUCGUGUCCGCGAAAUGUUGGUGAAAUUCAUCAAGGAGGAAUCGUUGCGUACGUAUCUGUUUACCUAUUCAAAUGUGUAUGCUUCGAUUAGUGUCCCUUACUUGGCGGAAAUGUUCGAACUGCCCAAGAGCAAGGUCCAUUCGUUGAUCAGCAAAAUGAUAAUUAACGAAGAAUUGAUGGCCUCGUUGGACGAUCCAACUGAAACAGUCGUGUUACAUCGUUCAGAGCCUUCACGUCUUCAAGCUCUGUCGAUGCAACUCUCCGAUAAGGUCACCAAUUUGGUUGAUUCGAACGAGCGUGUCUUCGAGAUGAAGCAAGGCAACUUCUUCCAACGUGGUGGAAACCAGGGUUACAACCGUGAUCGCCAGAACUACCGCAACCAAAAUCAAAACCAGAAUUGGAGCAGCAACCGUCGUCAGGAUAACCGUGAAAAUCGCGGCAACCGUAACCAGAAUCGCGACCAUCGUAAACAGCAUCGUGUUGAAUUCGAAGAGAAGGCUGAGUAAACGAUUGAAAUUAACGGGGUUCACAUCCCGACGUUAAAAAGGGGGAAAAGGUAUUACAAACAAGAUCGUACAUUUGAAGACAACAUUUGCAUAAACAUAGCAAUCUAAUCUAAUUUUGCUAAAGUAUAAAUAUUCAGCUAUAUAAUGAAUACAGAAAUAUACAGGUGUUGGUUUCCCGAUCUGAAAGCUUUCGUCUCGAUUGAGUGAAUGGCUUUCAGGUCGGGAGUAUCAAUGCAGAGAUAAAGGGGAAA